GAUAAACGCCAUUUUGCAGAUAGUUUCACAGAGCGUGGCGUUGGAUAAGCGUUUGCUGUCAAUUAAACUUAAUUCGUGAUUCCUUCUAACUUGUAGAUCAACACUAAGAAACCUUUAUUUUAGACUACAAUCAUGUCGAAUGGAAGUGGAGACCAUGAUGAUGAAGGCUAUGUUGUUAAACUACGUGGACUUCCAUGGUCUACUACUGUUGAUGAAAUCAUGAAAUUCUUUAGUGAUUGUUCUAUUACAAAUGGUAAAAAUGGUGUACAUAUGACAAUGUCAAGAGAAGGCCGUCCAAGUGGAGAGGCUUAUGUAGAAAUGGACACACUUGAAGAUAUUGAGAAAGCUUGUAAAAGAGAUAGGGAUCACAUGGGUCAUCGUUAUAUAGAAGUCUUUAAAGCAAAAAGAGGUGAAAUGGAGUGGGUAGUCAAGAGAAGCGGUAUGAACCUAGAGAAUGCCAUGGAUGAUGGUUGCGUGAGACUACGUGGUCUACCAUUUGGCUGUUCCAAAGAAGAAAUUGCUCAGUUCUUCUCAGGGUUGGAGAUAUUGCCGAACGGGAUUUCACUACCGACAGACUACACGGGCCGCAGUACUGGGGAGGCUUACGUUCAAUUUGUUAACAAAGAUGUUGCGGAGCGCGCUCUGCAGAAACACAAGGAAAAGAUAGGACACAGAUACAUCGAAAUCUUCCGAAGCAGUUUGUCCGAAGUACGUGCUAGCAUUGGACCGAAAAUGCGAGGUGGGCCAAUGGGUGGUUUCAAUCAGAGACCAGCACCCUAUGACCGAGGCUCUCGUUUCGGAGGGAUGAAUCGUUUUAGCAAUAAUAGCAGAGGUUCUAGAAAUAGAGACUUUGAUGGUGGUCCAUGGGGAAGUGGUAAUAACUUCGAUUCACGCGGAGGAAGCAUGGGUAUGAGAGGUGGUUUGGACAUGAAAGGUGGGAACUUCAGAGGCAGUGGUGAUACAUGGGGUGGUAAUUCCGGUAUUCAUAGUAUACACAUGCGUGGAUUACCAUUUAAAGCUACCGAACAAGAUAUAGCUGAUUUCUUCAGACCUAUCGAACCGGUAAAUGUUCGAAUUAUUCUUGAAAAUGGUGGACGUCCUUCUGGAGAAGCAGAUGUAGAGUUUGCAACUCAUGAGGAAGCUGUUAAAGCCAUGUCUAAGGACAAAAGCCAUAUGUCUCAUAGGUAUAUUGAAUUAUUCCUAAAUUCAACUGGUGGUUCAAGUGGAAUGUCUCUGGGUGGUAUUGGAAAUUUCUGCGGAGGUUUGGGUAAUAACUUCAGGCCUGGAUAUUCUCCAAACAGAGGUUUCAGCUCUCAACUAGGAGGAAGUAACUAUAAUAGUUUUUGAGGCCGGAUGUCGCGUUUCUUGCGCUAUCGACGAUAAAAUAUUUCUUAAAUCAAAGAUUUAUUGAAUUAUAAUUAUAUCACAGUGAAAUUUCAUUUUCAUAUUACGUUCAGUUAAAGGUUAAUUACUGUUUCACUGUUUUACGUAUUACGUACGAAAUCAUUAAAUAGAAUUAAAAAAGUUUGUUUUAGUUUAUAUUAUACUAAUAUGAAAUCGAUAAAUAUUAAUUAGUUUAAUAUUAUUUUAAGGGACGAAUUUAGUUGAUCAGAAUUUAUUAUAAUUUUGUUUAAUCUUCAUUCGUUUUUGAGAUAAAAUAUUAAGCAUUAUAUUAUAAACACUUCUAUCAAAUUAUUGAUGUAAUACGUAUCUCAAUUAUAAUGAUCAUAAAAGACAAAUUAUAUUUUUCAUAUAUAAUUAGUAUAAUUUCAUUGAAUCGUAAAAAUCUAAGUCACAGAAGUAUAUAACUUCUUUUCUUUUUUUUCAUUAUAAUAUCAUUUUGAUGCAUUGUACAUCCACCAUUUCAUUAAAACCUCACAAAAGUGUUCCAAAUUCUAAUAUUAGAGAAUAAGCAUAUUUAUAAAUUAUAUAACAGCUUCGACAUCAUGUUAUUUGUCAGAGUUAGAAAUGUCAGAGUUUGCAAUUGUACAAGGUUAGUUAGUUUGUAUCAAAACACAAACAGUUCAACAAUUACGAUUCAUAUUGUAAUAUAUUUAUCAAAUAGUAAUUCACAGUUACAUACAG